AUGUAUGCAUUCUCUGAGGCUGCCAGUCGACGGCGUCGCUACCUCUCCAAGUUGGCUGAUAAGUUGUCUGCCCAGUUUUUAUCAGCUGGACUUCAAGCAGCUAUCUGGUCCGAAGCAUGGGUCUAUCAAAUGCUCUCUUCCUGCUCCUCUGAAGCUGCUCGUCGUUCCAGACAAAUCACACACUUGGCAGACCCUCCAGUAUCGCUUCUAUCUACAAAGCAUUUACCUUCCCUCCCAAAAGCAUCAUCAUCAACUCCAUCUCACCCUUUGAGGUCUUCAGACCGACAUACUAAAAAAACGCCCUUGCCCAAAGGUAAGUACGGCUAUGAGUCGGGCAUAGGUCUAGGACACAUUAUAAUUCUUGAUGAAGAAAGGGUGGUGUAUUUCUCCCAAAUUUUUAAUAUUCUUUUUGCUUUGUCAUGUCAUAUGAUUGCGAUACAAGAACUUGUUUAG